CACAUCUCUCCCUGUGGUAUCCCCGGCUCCUCGCUUCACUCCUAAUCCUGUGUGCACACGUGAAGCCGAGUCGCCACCGGCUGUCCUCUCGUCUCGGGGGCAUGCGUCCUCACACUCACACACUUCAAAUUUAAAUUCCAUCCAUCUUCUCCUCUUUGCUCUCGGCUGUCAGCGCUCGGGAAGAGUCGUCCUGAAGGUGAAGUCAACUGUUCCACCUGGAUUCCAGGAAGGUGAAGUCAACUUUUCCACCUGGAUUUCAGGAAGGAUGCGUCCACGCGACAGGUGGUCGGUGCGGACCCUGCAGACCUGCAUCCUGCUGCUGUCGGCGGUCACUCACUGCAAAUCUCAGCGCAGAGAGGAGAGCGGCGUCUCUUUGCUGCAGCUGAUCGGAGACCCUCCACCGGAUGAGAUCUCCAGGGUCUACGGGCCGAGGGGGGAGGCCGCUUACGUCUUCAACCCUGCGGCGGUGUCGGGUCAGCCGGCUCUGGCCCACGUCCCCAACCCCUUCCACCGCCACUUCUCCCUCCUCUUCCACAUCAAGCCCACCACUCCCGCCGCCUCCGUCCUCUUCUCCAUCACCGACGGCCGCCAGAGGAUCAUGUACAUCGGCGUCAAACUCAGCGCUGUGAAGUCCGGCCGUCAGAAGGUGCAGUUCUUCUACACCGAGCCAGACUCUGAGGCUUCGUACGAGGCGGCCAGCUUCAACGUGCCGAGAUUGGUGGACACCUGGAGUCGCUUCUCGCUGUCCGUGUACGAGGACCAGGUGACUUUCUACCAGGGCUGCGACUCGGAGCCGCAGGUGGUGAAGUUUGAGCGCUCGCCGGAUCCCAUGGAGCUCGACACGGGGGCCGGGAUCUUUGUGGGCCAGGCAGGAGGCGCCGACGCUGACAAGUUCGAGGGUGAGAUUGCAGAUCUGAGGGUGGUGGGAAACCCUCGGGCAGCUGAGCGCUUGUGCGACGACGAGGACGACUCUGAUGCUGCUUCUGGAGACUUUGGCAGCGGCGAUGGCGACAGGAGACACUCAGGACACACUGUGAAGAGCGAAGCAGCCGGGAGACACAAACCACAGCUUCCAUUAUCACCAGCAUCACCACCUGAGAGCCACCAGCUCUGCAGCUGGGAAAACAACGCCCCCAGUAACACAGAGCGGCGUCACCGUCCACUUUAG